AGGGCAAUGGAUUAGGAAGUCCAUUGUUUACAUCACUCACGAACAUAUAACAGGCAUACACGCAUAUAUACAUAGACAUGGGUGUAUGUAUACGUGGGCUGUAUGUUGAUGUGAUUAUAUAAUAUGUUUGUUUGGAAGCUUGUUCACUCGAAUCGUCUCUUCGUUCUCAUCCUCUACUUCUUCUCCACCUCCUCUUCCUUUCUCUGUAAUAAUAUUUUUCCCCUUUUCCUUUUGUCUUCCAAUUUUAACUCUUUAGAUCAUGAGCUGCUGAAACUGGUGAAUAAAGAAAUGGCACUUACUUGGACUCACAAAGAUAGGGGAGAGGUUAGGGUUCAUGAGAACUCGGACGAACUCAGCACAGAUUUGGUAGAUUACAUUGCUGAAUUGUCAGAAGCAUCUGUUAAAGAACAUGGCGUCUUCUCCAUUGCGUUGUCUGGAGGUUCUCUCAUCAGCUUGAUGGGAAAACUGUGUGAGCCGCCUUAUAACAAGACGGUAGAUUGGGCAAAAUGGUAUAUUUUCUGGGCGGACGAGCGUGUCGUGGCCAAAAACCACGUGGAUAGCAACUAUAAGCUUGCAAAGGAUGAACUCCUCUCCAAGGUUCCUGUGGUGCCGAGUCAUAUCUAUUCCAUGAACGACACAGUUUCUGCGGAAGAAGCUGCAGUGGAGUACGAGUUUGCCAUCAGACAGCUCGUGAGGACACGGACUGUGGGCGUGUCUGAGAUCAGUGACUGCCCGAGAUUCGAUCUGAUCUUGCUCGGGAUGGGUCCCGAUGGUCACAUCGCCUCCCUCUUCCCGAGCCAUCCGGCUCUUGGAUUGAAGAACGAGUGGGUUACUUUCCUAACAGACUCUCCGAAACCGCCGCCUGAGAGAAUCACUUUCACGUUACCGGUUAUCAACUCGGCUUCCAACGUGGCUGUAGUCGUGACCGGCGAGGCCAAAGCCGAGGCCGUCCACUUGGCGAUCGAUGAUUGGCAAUCGCCCGGGAGCCCUUUGUCUCUGCCAGCCCGGCUGGUCCAGCCGACCGCCGGGAAACUGGUGUGGUUUAUGGACAUACCUGCCGGCUCGAAACUUGAUGGUUUGAAAUGCUCUGAGUAAGGAUUUUCAGAUUUGUUUCUCUUCGAAAGUAAAUGUUACAUUUUUCAUAAGCGAUCGUCUUUUUUUUUUUUUUUUGGGUUUGGAGAGAAUCUGAAAAUGUGGCUCUGUUCCAAAAAAAAAAAAAACUUCAACUUCAACCGUGACUGAACUGAACUACCCAUCUAAGUUUGGUU